AUGUCUCAUCCUGAUACAUUGGUAUCAACAAAUGGGUCAGAUCCACCUGAAGGACGUGAAGGGUCAGACACAGACAGUAAACAACAGGAAAACGUAUGCAGGCAUUGUAUUCCAAAUGAGUUCCACCAAGAGAUCACUGAGGAGGAAUCCGAACAAGAGAAUGGACCACAAGUUCUGGAUAGGAAAGACAUAGUAAGCCCGAGUCCGCAGCCAGGCCAUGAAGAGCUAGAGCUGCAAUGCAAUCCAAAGGAAGAUGUGGAAUUUCAGCAAUGGUCUGAUGGCUCCAGCUACAGAGGGAAUCUUACUAUGAACAUGAAGCGGGGAGUUGGGGAAUUCAGAUGGGCCAAUGGAGAGAGUUAUAUUGGUGAAUUUUACAAAGAUCAUCACCAUGGCAAAGGGGUUUACUCUUGGCCCGAUGGCUCCAAAUUCACUGGCUCCUUUUACCUCAGCCGUAAAGAAGGCUACGGAACCAUGACAUUUCCAGAUGGCAAAACUUACCAGGGUCUCUACAAGUCGGAUAUACGCUAUGGACCUGGAUUUGAGACUUACAACGAUGGGUGCCAGGAUGUUGGCAUCUGGAAGGGGCAACACUUGUUCAGACUGUGCAAUGUGCUACCUGGCUCUAUCUCCAUUCUUUCUUUCCCACAGUUUUGUGAUCCUCAGCAGUCACAUAAAGGAUAUGUUAGUAAAGAUCCUGACUCCAUUACAAUAGAGGAGAAGGGGAAGGCUGAUGACCCCUUUUUCUUUAGGUAUAAGUUCCUGCUGCUAGAGGACAGCGUCAUCCUUCCGGAGAAGAUAUAUUCUUACUGCUCUGACACUGACCACCUCCCUAUCACUCCUACCCAGUAUCUAGAGUUUGAUCAACACUUUUUCAGACUCAAAGACCAGCAAGAGAUAUCCAAUGAUGUUACCUCUGAUAAUGUACAGCCUAACAACGGAAUGAGGAAGAUUCAUCUCCAUGUUAAUACACAAAGACACAGCCCAGAGCACUUGAAAUGGGGAAUGAAUUCUAUAUUAAAUGGCGACAGAUAUACGUUUGGUCCGACAGGUCCCCGUGAACAAGCGGCAGAGCAGCUGAUAGUGGUGGCUGGACUGGGAGAUUAUGAUGCCAUUUCUACAAUCCUGAGACAUGAUCUGGCCCAUGUGGAUGUGUCUGACAAGUGUGGGCUGACUGGUCUGCAAGCUGCAGCGGUAAAUGGCCAUAAUAACGUCAUUAACCUUCUGCUUGACAAUGGAGCGGAUAUUAAUAAGAGCAAUGAUGAAGGAUUAUCAGCUUUGUCCUUGUGCCUGAUGCUUUACAGCUCCAAACCAUUCUGGCCAAAUGUGGCAGAGCGGAACCUCCCUCUGAUCAAGGAAGAAUCAAGUGACUUCACGUCGGGUAUCAGUGAAAGAGAAGGCAGUGCUGGCCAUGAGAAGGAUGUGAAGCACUAUGACAAAUGUCCCACAAGUUCGGAGACAUGUCUUGAUAUACCUCCUAGUCAGAAUGGCCCUGGACCGGAAGAAUUGGAUUUCACCUCUGAUCCUUGCAAGGAUACAAACCUAAGAUCUACCAUCAACCUGCUUCUCCUGCGAGGUGCUGACCCGGAUACAUGCUCCGUCCCUACGCAUCCUCUGUUCUUUGCAGUCAGAGCUGCAGAUGCCGACACUGUACAGUUACUGCUUGAAUGCGGAGCAAGCACUGAUAUCCGUCUGUUGACUCCGGAUAGCUCCCUGACUCCUCUCCACAUAGCGGUGGCUUUGCCAGUAGCUGAAGGGACUCGGAUCACAGAGAUUCUGCUUUAUGCUGCUUCAAAUCCCAAUGCCUGUGCUGAGGAUGAAGACUAUGUAUAUAUUCCUGACAGGGGGGAGAGCCCUGGAGCAGUUCAGGGAUUUCCUAUGAAAGGCUGCCUUGACUCGGGUCUACCUCUGUAUAACUAUUAUGAGAAAAGCCCCCACAUCCCAGAAGAGGGUGGCCGCACACCAUUGCAUGUGGCAUGUGAGAGAGAAGACAACUUCAAGCUUGCCAAGGAUACAAUUUCUUUACUUCUGGCUCACAAUGCCAAGGUCAACACCCUGUGGAGUGGGCACUCCCCUCUGUCCUUGGCCAUUGCCAGUGGAAAUGAUAUGGCUGUUAAAGAGCUCUUAGCAAAUGGUGCAGAUCCCAACCUGGCUCUGAGCAGAGGAGUGGGCAGUGCUCUGUGUGCGGCUGUGAAUACCACAUAUGAAAAGCAGAGGACUCUUCCUGCGAGGAUUGCUCUGGUGGACAGACUCAUAAAGGCUGGAGCCAGUAUAUUGAUGCCAAUCCUUAUAGGAGAAGGAACGAGAACUGCACUGGGUACAGCUACAGACUAUGCCUAUUACAAGUACUUCCAGGAUAAGAAGAUAGCACACACACCAUACCAUGCAUUGUUAUCAAAGGAGAAGGACAUUUUUAAUGCACGAAAACAGCUCUUGGAGCACCUGGGAGAACUCACUCGGGAGGCUGUUAAAGCAAAAGAAGCAGAGUGGGCGAAGGAUGGCAUAGUCCGCAGCUCUGCUACGCACAGAGAUCCAGAGAGAAAAGUGAACACACGUGAUACAUUGGGGGAAAGACUCAUGUAUGUACCCAAAAAAACGUUUUUCAAAUACUGUUAUCAGUGUGGCCGUUCUGUUGGCGUCAAGCUGACCCCAUGUUUGCGCUGUUACUCCAUAUACACAUGUAGCAAACAAUGCAAGAAGAGAUCGUGGACUAAGCUGCAUAAAGAUGAAUGUCUCCAGCUUUCAGGAAAGUUGAGCAGUAAGAUGACUCCAUCCAGAAGUAAGAGGAGCAGCCCUACAAAGAGCGUGCAUGCGGACAGAGAAUCUUCAAGUCAUGGCCACAGGCCUUCUACCGCUGGGGAGAGUGUACCGGCCACCACUGAGAACUAUAGCUUUAAUUAA